CUUCAGGCGCCAGCCCGGGGGUCUCGGCUCCCGUGACGUCUCCUCUCCCCUUUCUCGCUUUCUAUCCUGGCAGGCAGCAUGAGCUGCGUCACCCUGCCCACGGUGCUGCCCGGCUCCCCCAGCAAGAUCCGGGGGCAGAUCCAGGUGAUUCUCGGGCCCAUGUUCUCAGGGAAGAGCACCGAGCUGAUGAGACGCGUCCGGCGCUUCCAGAUCGCCCAGCACAAGUGCCUGGUCGUCAAGUAUGCCAAGGACACCCGCUACAGCAGCCACUUCUCCACCCACGACAGGAACACUAUGGAGGCGCUGCCAGCCUGCCAACUCCGUGAUGUGGUCCAGGAGGCCAUGAGUGUGGCUGUCGUGGGCAUCGAUGAAGGGCAGUUUUUCCCUGACAUCGUGGAGUUCUGCGAGACCAUGGCCAACAGCGGCAAGACGGUGAUUGUGGCGGCCCUGGACGGGACCUUUCAGAGGAAGGCUUUCGGUGCCAUCUUGAACCUGGUACCCCUGGCGGAGAGUGUGGUAAAGCUGACAGCCGUGUGCAUGGAGUGCUUCCGGGAAGCCUCCUACACCAAGAGGCUGGGCCUGGAGAAAGAGGUGGAGGUGAUUGGCGGAGCAGACAAGUACCACUCUGUGUGUCGCCUCUGCUACUUCAAGAAGUCCCCAUCCCGCCCUGCAGGGCUGAACAACAAGGAGAACUGCCCCGUGCUGGGGAAGCCCGGCGAGGCCACAGCUGUCAGGAAGCUCUUCGCCCCUCAGCAGGUCCUGCAGUGCAGCUCUGUCCACUGAGGGCCUGAGGUCCCCUGCCGCCCCACCCAUCCACCCACCCCCACCCCGUGGCCUCCGAUGGGGCUGCUGCAUCUGAGGAACACUGUUACAGGACAGGCCCUCCAGGCCCUCCAGGUUGCCUGUUACCUCCUUCUGGCCUGCAGCUUCCCCUCCUGGCUACUGACAUGACCAGCCGCGGGUUGGAGCGGGCAUGCGCGGUGGUUCAGCUUGACUGCUGCAAGCAUUCCCCUGGGCCAGGGCCGAGCCAUGCGUGUGGUGACACCGGUACUGCCGGCCUCUUCCUCUUCGUGGCUUUCACUGCCCAGUUUCUCUUCUCCCUGGAAGUCUGUGCGCCUGUGCAUUUGGGGGGAUCUGUCCCCCCACGGAGGAUGGCCUGGACUCCAGCCCUCACUGCCCUUCACGCUUGAACGUCCUUCCUACGCUUGGUGGUUUCCAGAAGAGCGGUGCAUAGUUGGUGCUUCUUGUUUUAUAGUAUAUGAAAUUAAUAACGAAGACUAAAAUU